GCCACGCUAAAGGAGAAACCAUUCCCUCCUGGUGGUUAGGGAAGCGCAUUAUUUAUAUAAUUGUCUUUUAUUUGCCAAAAUAAAUAGACUCUUAGCAAAAAAAAAAACAUAAAUAUUAGGAAUGUUAAUUCGAAAUAUAUUUUUAGGGAGAAAAACACAAGCGAGUGAUAACUUUUGUUUGAUAAUAUUAUACCUAUACUCCCCUGUUUAUGGUGGUGAAGUAUAUGCCGAAACAAACAUGGCAGAUGGAUACAUUGAAAAAUGAACGAAGGUAACUGCUUGAGUUCUGGUGGAUACGGCCCCUGCACAAUGCCAGAGUGGCAGAGCGUUUUUGAGAAACAUGUGGGAAUCCCACCUCACAUUCAGAGAUGCAGGCUGACCCAAGAGCGAUCAGAAGGGUUCCAGCUUGUCCUGAAAAACUUGGAAGGUACGCCAAUCAGACAGAGACUCCUGGAGGGGUUCCAGGGGGUUCAGUACCAGCUCCGGGUCUCGCUCUUUGAUGUCACCUACCGGCACUUUUUUGGGAGGACGUGGAGGAGUCCUGCAAGGCAGCUGAGGAGCUUACCAGGGCACCCCCCCAGAGUGUCCUUUAACGAGGUCGUUUAUUUCCACACCUCUCUCAUCCACCCGAACAUCGUGGCCGUCGUGGAGGUGGUGGCCGUGGCACAGAAGCAGAACGGUUCUCAACAUGCGCUGUCCUGUGGCUUUGGGAUUCUGCGCCUCUUCAUCGGCCAGACGGAGCCUGUGGAAUCUUCCGACGCCAAGCUGGACAAGAGAUUACAUCUCUACCAUGGGACACCCAGAGCCUUGCUGAGCCCAGAACUGCAAGACCCCAUUGAAAAGAAUGAGUUCAUGACACUGAUCGAAGGGGCUCAUAUUCAGUGCUCCCUGCGGCCCCAUCCUGCCUUGGAAAGGGUCAUGCAUCUUAUCCCUCAGAACAUGCUGGUGUCUGGAGCAGAGACCAUUCCAGGGGUGGUGCCUCCAACAGGAGAAGUUGUGGACUGCUUGCAGAAGCCACGGCUCUUUAAGACAGUUACCUGCUACCUGGAUAAGGUAUCUCUCAGCCUGUAUCCCUCGCUUGAGAGGUUUGAAGAAGAACUACUGGAACUUCUGAACACAGACAGGCUUAACAGGGAGGACUCGGGUCCGGAUGGGAACUCGGUUGUAAUCCAGGAACGGCGGCUGCACAUCGCUGUUCACAACGGCUGGGGCUUCGUGGACAAACCCCAGGUGGUGGUGGUGGAACCCGAGGCUGAGGGGGCGAGGGGGAGGACGGGGAGCUUCAUCAAGAGACAGGGCUCUCUAACCAGACUCGGCUCCUCUGCACAGCACGUGCUGGUCCUAAGAAGCCGUUUGCAGCUAAAGGAGAUGGUGAAUCACCCUGCCUUUGUCAUCACCUUCCAGCUGGAAUAUGUCUUCUCAGCACCGACGGGCGGGGAAGGCAAGAUGUCCUCCACCACUUCUUUCUCCAAGACAGCCUACAUGCAGUCUGUGCGCUGGGCCGUUUGGAACCCCUUUUUGGAAGCAGGCAGUUCUGAAGUCAGCCUGUCAUUACAGGGAGGACCCCUACCAAACCCCAACAGCGUGAUGGUGUACAAGGCGACCUCUACUGAUAUGAGCUCCCCUGAGGUGAAGGAGCUUGAGCGCGGCACUCUGAGGGUUCGAUUCUCAUCCCGCCAGGAGGGACGCCCCCCCAGCCCAGCCCCAGAAAGGAAACCCCCGCCUUCUGCACUGCGUGGGAGUGUUUCCCAAGUCCAGGAUUCCCCUCCCAAAUCUCCACCUGGCCCUGGUCUGUCUAUAUCCCAGCUCUCUGUGUCCCCCCGCUACCCAACAAUCAGCCACUCCACUGCAUCUCCAUGGCAACAGCAGUUUCCCUCCCAGCUAUACCCAUCCCCAAUGGCAGGAUCCUACCAGCUGUCGCAUGCUGAGUUGCCAUUCGCCAGCAGUAUCGCCCACCUGGAGGCUGACCUGAGCUGCUCAGCUGCGCAGUCCUACUCCCCCGGCGCAGAACAGCUGCAGGAGCUGCCGUUCAACCCUGUGCAUGCGCCCAUCAUCGCCUUGGGAACCCAGGUGUCCAGCACCAGUGCUACUAUCUCACGAAGCUCACUUGUUCGACUCCACUCCUCUGGUUUUCCUGAGAUCGUAGACUGUAACAACCAAGCAGCUGAGGUCGUUGAUCCUGCUGACCCAGUCAACUUCAGCCCCAACAGAGAAGAGUCUGACUAUCUCCAGUGCAAUGAGAUCAUCCUCCAGUUCCUUGCAUUUACCAGAACUCCUCAGGAAGGGAUGGAGACAGACUGGCCGAAGUCUGUUUAUUUCACGUUCCAGCUGUAUCGCUUCCCUCCAGUCACCUCUCAGCGGCUGCUGCUGGUGAACACAGACAGGUCUGCAAGCAGAUCGAGGGACCCAGCUCCCUGCAUCCUGGUCCAGGUUAACAAAGAUGGAACAGUUAACUCCGGGUCUCCAGGGUUACAGCUGAAGUACAUGGUGGACCCCGGCUUCCUGAAGCUAGGUGAACAGCGCUGGUUUAUCCGCUACCUCGCCCUUCAGACUCUGCAGAUUGAUGUAUGGGACGCAGAAUCUUUGCUUCUCAUUGGUUCCUCAGCUGUGGAACUCAAGCAUUUACUGCGUCAGGGAAGGGCUGCAGUUCAAGUGAUCCAUGAAUUGGAGGUCAUCACAACAGAAUAUGUCCAGGACUCUGUGGGUAUCUCUCAUCACCGCCGUGUGAAUGCCAUUGGUGUGUCCACCAUCGUGAAGGGGACACUGCAUCUACGCAUGGGCAACGUUGGACACCUCUCGGAGCACAGACUGAAGCACGCAGACUCUCUGCCCCCAUCUCUCUCGCGGGUCGUCUCCUCCCAUGACAGCACCAGCAGCUUCACCGGAGGCAGCCUGUCCUCUACAAGCAUCUCCAACCUUAACGCGAAGAACGCCUCGCGUGCCCGACGCCUGCCCGAUAUCGACGGGGAGCUGGCGUCCAUGCUGUGCAGCCGAAUGAAGGAGGCCAGCAUCGCCCUGCAGCACGCCAGUGGGGAGACGGGUAGCACGCACCAGCGCAAACUGGAGAGGAUGAUGGCAGUGCGGCAGUACGAGGCAAAGGAGGGUGACACAAUGCCCUACAUCAUGGUCCGUCGGGUGGAGCGGAUCCAGCACUCUCGGGACCUGCAGAUAAUCGAAGCUUACAGGGAGCGCAGCAAAGCAGAGAGCAUCACCAAGAUGCUGAGUCUGGCCAUCACUGCCCAGCACACUGUCUACGCCACCCUGGGCACAGCAGAGUUCUUUGAGUUUGCCCUGAAAAACCCCUCCAACACUCAGCACACUGUCACCAUUGAGUGCGAGGAUCCAGAGCUUAGUGUCAUUGUGGACACACGGGAAUGGGGACACUUCAAGGAGCUGUCGAAGACUCUCACCCCUUUGGAAGAGGACAUGUUCCACCUGGAAGGAAACACACUGAGACCCCAAGUCUAUCUCCGUCCGAAAGAAACCGUCUACAUCCCUUUCAAAUACCAAACCUUCAAUGCAGACCAUGCAGUCAUGACACAGGGACCAACCGAUCUGCGAUUGAGCAGGAGUGCUAACGUCAUAGACAGACAUCAAUCCAAAACUGUCCAGGCUAAGAUCAUCCGAGUCUCAUUCAGGGCGGAGGACGGAAAGCCUCUGGCUAUCUGCCAGGUUAACGUGGAACCCACGCCGCACGUUAUUGAUCAGACGUUUCGGUUUUACCAUCCCGAGCUCACCUUCCUAAAGAAAUCCAUUCGGCUGCCUCCGUGGCACAUCCUACCAGGAACACCAGUUGGAGUGCCAAGUGGGGAGCCCCAAAUUUAUGUCCGAUGCAGUGACCCCAAUGUUAUCUGUGAAACCAAGAAGAUGGCUCCAGGAGAACCCCAGGAUGUGUUUCUGAAAGUAGCUGGUGGUCCGAGCCCGCAGAUUAAGAAAUUUUUCAUCACAAUUUUCAUGGAUCCGUGGCUGGCUGCGCCCGUUCAGAUCUGGCAGUUCUACAUUCACUGCCUGCAGCGCGUGGAUGUGAGCUGUCUGACCGGUCAGCUGACCCACCUGUCGCUGGUCCUACGAGGCACACAGACUGUCAGGAAGGUCAAGUGUUACUCCUCCCACCCACACCUGCUGCAGAUUGACCCGGCAGACGUGUUUGUCCUUCCUCCAAAUGCAGUCCAGGAUCUCCACAUUGGAGUGCGGCCCCAGAAGGCAGGCAGUAAAUUCCUCUACCUGAACAUGGUUGACGUCGACUACCACCAGCUCGUGUCCUCGUGGCUGGUCUGUGUGUCUUGCAAGCAGCCGCUUAUAUCCAAGGCCUUUGAAAUCUCGCUCUCAGCAGGGAAGGGCAGCAACAAGAAAAUUACCUACACCAAUCCGUAUCCCACCAGGAGAUCACACUUCCUCUGCACAAACCGGACGGACCUGCUGCAGUUCAAAGAGGACGCCUUCGAGAUCGGAGGGGGAGAGACGUACACCAUCGGCCUGCGAUUUGCGCCCAGCCAGAGCACAGGUGAGGAGGAGAUUCUCAUUUACAUCAAUGACCAGGAGCACAAGAACGAGGAGACUUUCUGUGUCAAGGUUGUGUACAGUUAAGCUGGUGGAAAGAUGACAUCUGCCAGGGUCUCCUGCAACACUACUGUUCACUGAAACCAUGAGUGGUUACUGCAGCUGGGGGUCACAAGUUAGUAUUUCCUUGUUGUUCUAAAAUAAAAUUUGAGUAACCCUUUAAACAUUAAGCUGAGGGAACACGAAGACACUUUUUCAGGAACCUAGUUUGAGGUACUUUGCUGUAUCAAACCCCAAGUCUUAUCUGGUGUGCCAUGCAGUGGCCUGAAACCUAGUCUCCUGAAGUUUCAAGUUUCAUGUUCCCUCAGCUUUAGAUGUGGGACACUUCAUAGCAAUUUUACAGACAGCCUGACCAAAUCAGGUUGGUGGGGCGGUAAAUCAGACCCCAAAUUACUGAAAAUACCUAUUCAGCAGAUAUCUGGUAUUUUAUACAGUUAAGGGCCACCAAUGUGGAGUUUUUAGCUUUUAAGUUAGACUCUACAGUGUAGGGCUGCAUUCAGUUCAGUUUGAUUAGAGACCUUAAAACAUCUAUAAAUUUGGAACCACUACAGUAUGUAUUGAAUAAUUGUGAGCUUAUUUCUAGUGAAGUAAAAAAGGGAACCUUUUCAUUAUAAUAAUAAUAAUAAUAAUAAUAAUAAUAAUAAUAAUAAUAAUAAUAAUAAUAAUAAUAAUAAUAAUAAUAAUAAUAAUAAAAACUGUAACUGACAGAUAUUUACUGUAGAAAAUAAAUGUUUAUAUAUAACAGAUAACAAACACAAAAAAUGAAUAUAACCCUACAUCUUUUGAAACAUAAUUAGCCUGGCUGUAAUGAGAGAGGAUUUUCAGUGGGGAAAUACAGGCUCUUCAGACAGCUGUCAUUGCCAUCCCUGCACUCUGAAGAUUGCCAUUUCCAAUCCAUUUCUACUGGCGCCUAGGCAGCAACUGCUGUCUACAAACCCCAGGUUUAUAGAACUGAGAGUUAUACAACUACUCUUAUUAAGAUGCAUGAGACGAAAGUAAAUGUGGUGUUGGAAUUAUAUAUUUAAAAACAGAAGCCAUUUUCAAUCAGAACCUUAAAAAAAAGUUUGACUUUCUGUGCUGAAAGAGCUUCUCUCUCUGCUUUCAGGGGAGGCUUUUGUGUUGCAGGAUUGCUCUGCUCUGGCACACAGCCAGCCCACAGAUACACUUUUUAAAUGCUUCCCACAGCUGUACAUGCAUGCUCAGUGUAAACUGUAGUCAUCUUCUAUCUUCAUGCAAAACCAGUCUAACUAAAGCACUGCGCUCGCACUGCAGUUUAUUUGCAGGUCUGGUUCAUACAGGGGACUUCUGAGGUUGCCUUUAAUUAUUUACGCUGACCUACAUUGUGCUCUGCAGAGGUAACUUAAGAGGUCCCUUAGUGCAGAGUUUAACCAAAGGUUUUCAUCAGUGCUUGACUUGCCAUUCAAGAUAUUGGUCACCCUAGCAACCGUCAGGGAUGCUGGAGAAAAGCGUUCUGUUACCUCCGAGAGCCUGAUAAGAUUAUCCUCUAGGUUUAAAGGCAGAAAACAAUACGCCGCGAUUUACUCAUACUGAAGAACUAGCUGACACAGGCAUUCAUUUCUUUAUGAAGCUUCCUUGCAGGGAUAUAGGAGAUGUACAGUAUAACAUAUGUAGAAUAAUCAUCUACUUGCUUUAUUAAAAGUCCUGAUUUCCAUAAAUGAGAUUUACAUAAUGAUCUCUAAAAAUGUAAUCAGUAGUGUUGUACUGUACUUUUGCACUAAAAUUGUAAAUGCAUUUAAUGUGUGAUGUAACAUGAACCAAGCCUCAACCAUGAGUGCCAGGCUGUGAGUGCUUAUGCUGUGGAAAUGUUCUUUCAUGCAGAAUGAUUUGUAAGGCUUUUGCUGCUAUUUUGGCCCAGCAGGUGGCACUGUGGUGUUGGAAACGAUGUCACAGUAAACCCCAGUUACAGAUAGAGAAUUACAUAUAAAUAUUUAAAUGGUUUGUCACAAAAUGGAUGAUGAUUGCCUUUCAAUUUAUUUUUUAUAGCAUAACUAGAACAUAUAAAUGGUAUUUUACAUACACAAAUAUUUAUUAUUGUAAUAAACCAGUAAUAUUGUUUGCACAAAUGUCUUUUUACUGAAAUGUACUAGGGAUGUGUAUAUAUGAUUAUUUUUUAUAUGUAUCUGUUUGUGUAGCUUUUUUACACAUUUUUUCUUUUUUAAAUUUCACAUGGGAUUUUGUAAAUUUGAUAAAUAAAGAUAUUCUUUAAAAUGAA